AUGGAUUUUAUAAUUUUAAAAAUGGAAAACUUAAAUGAUAAUAAUAAUAAGUUUUAUAUACCUGAUAUAUUUUAUAAGAAUUAUGAUGUGCCCAUCCAUUAUAAAGAUUAUAAUAUUUUUUUAAUUGAUAAUCGAAGUUUAAAUAUAUUAUGUGAUAUUUCAAAAUUUGGAAGACAAACACGAAUUAAAAAAAAAAUUUUUUUAAUUAUUGAAAAUGGUGUAAAUAAAUAUUCAAAUUUUCUAUUUCCAAUUGAAAGUUAUUAUAAUAAUCAUCAUCGUGUUAAACUGGUAAGUGAUGCUAUUACUCAAAAUUAUGGAAGCAUACAGCAUUACACUCAACAAUUAUUAAAAGAGUUAAACAUAUAUUCAGGAGUCAAUUGUUUAGAAGCUAUUGGUAUUACCAAAUUAAACCAACAAAAUCCAAUAUUUGGAAAUACUUCAAUAAAAUAUGGAAACUCUUUAAUUGGUGGAAUGUCAUUAUCUAGUAAAAUUGAAAUUCCAGGAAUUUGUUUUGUAUUCCUUUUCAAUAAUGUGAACCAUAUUCCCUAUGGAAUAAUAGAAAAUUUAUAUAAUACAUAUUAUUAUCUUACUGACAUUAAUGGUAAAUGCUCUGCAGAAGCAUUAUUUUACUUUUUAAGAAAACCUUGUUGUAAUAGAUUUAGCAUUCACGGUUAUGAAGUUUAUAAUGGUCAUUUAGAGUUUAACGAUAUUUUUAUUAUAAACAAAGAUCAUCCUUUACUUCCAAGAGUGAUUAAUAAUUUAUUCAUAAUAUUGCAAGAUGAAAAACAGAAAAUUUCAAAACAAAAUGAAAAAGACAUCGUAUCAAAUAAAUCACUAUUGUGUAACACCUCUGAACAAGACAGUAAAAAAAAAGGUAUGUAUGAAUUAAAGACAAAAUAUUUGCCAAUGUUUAAGAUGAUUUCUGCUAGUAUUAUUGCAAUUUUGGUUUACAAACUUAUACUGUAUUUAUUCCCAAAACUUAUAGAAAUUCUAGAUACUGCUUUAGUCUUCGAGAUAUCCAAAUCUUAG